AAGAAGUUUGCUUUAUUUUUGACAGUACAGUAGAGAGAGACAGGGAAGGCAGGGGAGAGAGAGGGGAGUGACAUGCAGCAACGGGCCCAACCGGACUCGAACACAGGCCGACUUUCUACCAGGUCAUGGACGUCUCACGUGACCGCCGACCUUCCUCUCCCUUCUCUCUGGGUUUCCGGGGCUGUUUAUGUCCUGAGUCCCAUAGCAGGUCAACACAUAAUGGCUUUCUUCACUCACCAAAUCUGCAGAGGUUUCUCGUCUUCGGCUGUCAGGAAUGUUGUUAUUAAGCAUGUAACAAUCAUCGGAGGAGGACAGAUGGGUGCAGGAAUAGCACAGGUUGCUGCGUCAACUGGCCACUCGGUGACACUGGUGGACACAAGUGACGACAUCCUUAAAAAGGCUGUCAAAGGAAUUGAAGGGAGCCUUAAAAGAGUGGUCAAGAAGAAGUUUGCUGACAAGCCAGAGGCAGGUGAAGAGUUCAUCCAGAAAGUUGUGCAGAAUGUGUCAACCUCGACCGAUGCUGGAUCUGUAGUUCAGGGCUCGGAUCUUGUGUUGGAGGCCAUUGUUGAAAAUCUAAAAAUCAAACAGGAUCUCUUUGGUUGGCUUGACAAGCUGGCACCAGCACACACCAUCUUUGCCAGCAACACAUCCUCCCUGCCCAUCUCUGACAUCGCCAGCUCCACCAACAGGCUGGACAGAUUCGGCGGACUUCACUUCUUCAACCCAGUGCCUGUGAUGAAGCUUGUAGAGGUCAUUGGAACCUCAGCAACAAGCCAAGAGACUUUUGAUUCCCUCCUGAACUUCAGCAAAGUGCUUGGAAAAACACCUGUGUCCUGCAAGGAUACGCCAGGAUUCAUUGUAAACCGCCUACUUGUUCCUUACAUAAUGGAGGCCAUCCGGUUGCAUGAGAGAGGUCAUGGAUCCAAAGAGGACAUUGAUAUUGCCAUGAAACUUGGUGCAGGUUAUCCCAUGGGACCGUUUGAGCUCGCGGACUAUGUAGGACUGGACACCUCAAAGUUCAUCAUUGAUGGGUGGAGUGCAAUGGAUCCUGGCAACCCACUCUUUGCCCAGAGUGAAUUGCUGAACAAGUUGGUUGCAGAGGGCAAAUGCGGCAAAAAGACAGGAGAAGGAUUCUACAAGUACAAGUAAUUUAGUUUUACAGUGUUGCUGGUUUUGUGGGGAAUACUAGUCAGAACUUUUCCUCAAUUGAAUCAAGGGUCUAAGGACAGAGGGUGUUGUAUGCUGUACAGAUUGUUAAGCCCCUUGAGGCAAAUUGUGAUUUGUGAUAUUGGGCUAUAUAAAUAAAACUGACUUGACUUGAACUUCAGAAAAUAAGCCAUCAAACAAGGACUGAGCAGAAAUGGAAAGGCGCCUGUGCCUUCUACAUUAGUUGACUUUUGUGUGUCAGUCCAUUUUCUUAUGUACAUCCACUGAAUGAUGUCUUUAUAUGUGUGAAGAGACUAAAUCUUAUUAAAUAGUUUUCAAAUA